CAAUACAUUAUCAAUAUUAUUAUUUAUUUUUUAAUUCUAAUGCAUAAAUUUCCAACACAACGAUUAUUUAUUAUAAUUUGAAAUGACCGCGUCAUACCAUAUUAUAGCCGUCGAUAGUAUCGAGAGUAUCUAGAAGUUUAGUUUUUGUGUAUCAACCAGACAAAACAUAUGGGCACCAUUUAUAAACAAUGGAGAUAUUUGCAACGUCCAAGUGGUUCAGCCAAACAUACACAAUGUGCUAAGUAAAACGAGACGCGGACUAUGAAUAACUACAGAUACCAUGGCGGGGCCGGAGGAGUUGGAGGCUACUAUGGCAUUGAAGUACGCGAAGUGCAUCAUCAGCGCAUCCCGUACCCACAUCACUUCACAUUUGUUAGCUCCUAUGUAAAGUACAUGAUAUUUAUGUUGAAUUUCAUGUUUUGGCUAUUCGGUGGGCUGCUGCUAGGCAUCGGCAUCUAUGCGUUCAUGGACAAAUGGAUAGAGGCCAAUGGCUUGGUCAAGUUGGAGAACAUUUAUGAUGUAGUGCUCAACAUAUCGCUGGUCAUGAUUAUUACGGGCAUUGUCAUCUUUAUAGUUAGCCUAGCUGGCUGCUUGGGUGCCCUUCGUGAAAAUACCUCUCUGCUGAAAUUUUAUUCGCGUUGCCUGCUAAUAUUCUUUCUCAUGGAAAUGGUCGUAGCCAUCAUCUGUUUUGUGUUUCCACAACACAUGAACGAGUUUGUGGAAUAUCAGUUCACCGAUAAGAUCAUACACUACUAUCGCGAUGACCCAGAUUUGCAGAAUUUCAUUGAUUUUGCGCAGCAGCAGUUUAAGUGCUGUGGCCUCAGCAACGCUGGCUACCAUGACUGGAACAAAAACGAAUAUUUUAACUGCUCAUCGCCAUCGGUAGAGAAAUGCGGCGUGCCAUACAGUUGCUGCAUCAAUGCCACUGAUAUUAUGUGCGGAUAUGCGGUGCAGCAGGAAUCUGUGGCAGCUGCCAGCAAAUUGAUCUGGACAAGUGGCUGCAUUGAAAUCGUUCGCGUCUGGGCUGAACGCAAUCUCUAUAUGAUUGCGGGCGUUGCCCUUGGCAUUGCUCUCAUCCAAUUACUGGUUAUAUAUUUAGCCAAAACUUUAGAGGGUCAAAUCAAAUUGCAGAAGUCGCGCUGGACCAAUUAAUUGGGCGCUAUAGGAGAUUACAACAGGAAUGCCUUACUUUGAAAAAUCAUCGUGUGUCAUAUUUAUAAUGCCCUUAAACUUUGCGUAAUCGAUUCGAUUCUUUGUGUUUGCAAUAUAAUUUUUGUAAACUAGGAUUUCUUUUCAUCCUUAUUGUGUUAUCAGCGUCAUAUUAUUUUUGCGUUUUUCAAAAUUUUAAUUAAAUUGUGUUUUCAACACAGCACAACUCAUUUGUUGUGUUAUAUAAACAAAAGGGUAUUACUUUUGAAAUAUUAAAAUACCUGUCCUUAACGCAUAAUUACGCAUUUUUGCAAAAUUACAAAUGUAUUACUAUGAACAUGUUUCGGUUUUUAGAGGCUGAUAUUAGUUUCUAAGUCUUCAGCUUAUAAACAAAACAUAUAAAGUUAAAUUACAAUAAAUAUAACGCGUAUCCAUAUACAUAAUGCAUACAAUAUAUAACUGAAAAAGAAAACUAUAUAAAUUCAUUCUUGAUUUUUUAAAGGAAAAGUACAAAGAAUUUGCACUUAUUGAUAUAUUCAAUGAAAGUUUUGGAAUCACAGUGGACAGAGCUUAGCGAGAACUUUUGCGUAAUGUGAUUUAUUGAAAUUGAAUUUCACAUCGGCCGAUCAGCCAACAUAAUUGUUAUAAUUUGGAUAUGACAAAGUUAACUAUCAACUACAUCGUACAAUAUUUAAAAAAAAAAAAAUCAUAUCCUGUUAUGUGUUAUCAGGUGGAAUAUGUGAAUAUCUUUUAUGCGUUACUUUAUAUAAUACCAAAUUAGUAGUUGAGCUUGAGGGCAAAAUCAACAUCCAUUUUGAUAGAUGGUUUGCGUAUAUAGACAGCUGCAUCACGCUGUUCCACCUCCAGCUGCUGGGCAACACCAUUCACAGUGAUUGUGGCGCUGCUGGGCACACGAUUAAGACCAGCGAUGACGAUGCGCUCGAUCCAGGCAUCUGAUUUAUAUUUGGGCUUGCCAGUGAAACGAUUGGUCAACUGGUUGUUAGCAAACUCAUAGUUCACAUAGAUGUAUUGACCAUCGCGGUAUGCAUAGGAUUUCUCAUCGUCCAGAUAUAGAGUGCCAUCAGCCUUGCCCUGACGAUCCAGGCAAAUGACCAGAGUGUACGGAUCGUUCAGCAUGAGAGCAGACGAACGGCGCAGACGCUCCUUCUUGGGCACAAUGCUGCCACCGCGUUGCCAAACUGGUAUCUAACUCAAUAUAAAAUACAAAUAUGAAAAUUAAUUGCUUGAAUGGGAGGGAAGAGCACUAACUUUAUAUUCGGUAACUGGUAUUGACUCGGAGCCGGUGCGCUCCUGACGCUGAUAUGUAUCGACAUCAUACCAAUAAUCACCAUUCUUUUUAUCAUCAAUAGCUGGGAAAUACACAUCCACUUUGCUAACGCCCUGCUGCAUAACUGGACGCACCAACAGACGCUGCUGCACCAACAGCUGGCUGUCAAUGGCGAACGCUUCCUUGUCCUGUGGAUAAUGGGCCAACAGUGGACGUAUUACUGGGGCACCAGUCUGCUCCAGCUCAUAGAAACUUGUAUACCAUAACGGCAAAUAGCUGUAGCGCUUAAGCAAUGCACUCCUGAUAAUGAGGCGAGUGCGCUCUGGGAAGAGCCAUGGCUCACGGCGCUUGGUAUCGAUGUGAGCAUGGGCACGGAAGAAUGGCAAAAACGCGCCGGUUUGAUACCACCGCUCUAACAGUUCGCUGUCUGGAUUUCCAAAAAAGCCACCAACAUCGGCGCCACAGAACGAGAAGCCAGCGACGGCUUCUGUCAGGCACAUCUUGAUCGAAUGCUGCAAAUGGGACCAAUCCGCCAGAUUAUCGCCUGUCCAAAUAGCGGCAUAACGCUGCGAGCCCGCGAAAUGGGCACGUGUCAAGAUGAAGGGACGCUGGUUGGGAUCACGCUUUUGCAGGCCAUCAAAGGUGCCCAUGAGAUGCAUGUGACCGUAGAGAUUGUGAACAUCGCGAUGCUCCCAGUUUCCAUAGUGUAUCAGAUCCUUGGGUGCGGUAAUUUCGGGACCAUUAAAAACAGACGGUUCGUUCAUAUCGUUCCAGAUCAUCACAUCCUCGGUGACAGUCUUGAAUUUAGACAGAUGAUAUUGGCUGGCGUAAUAAUCACGCACAACGGGAUUGAAAAAGUCCGGAUAACUGGCAGAGCCGGGCCAGCACCAGCCCUCGUAGUCAUUACCCUCGCGUGUUUUCACAUAAUAGCCCUUCUCCGUGCAGUCCGAAUGGAAGAAGUAGCUGUUGUCGCGCUUAAUGUGCGGAUCGAUAAUCACAACCAAAUGACGUCCUAGUUCGGUAAGAUUCUUGAUCAUAGUCAACGGUUCGGGGAACUUAAAUUUGUCCCAGGUGAAAUAACGCUUGCCAUCGGUAUACUCAAUAUCCAACCACAUAGUAUCCAUGGGCAUGUUGAACUCAUCAUACUUGGCCGACACGGUGGUCACAUCGCGCUCAUCGUUGUAAUUCCAGCGGCUCUGAUGGUAGGCCAGCGAGAACAAUUGCGGCAGGUCAUGUGUGCCCGUCAAGGCGGUGUACUGCUGGAACACAUCCAUGGGCUGCGGACCAAGCAUUAUAAAGGCAUCGACAAUUCCUGACUCUGAAAUAAAGUGCGCUGCCGGUGGAGUUGAUUUGCGUGAGCCCGACACAAAGUUCACCAGCGAGGAGACCACAUUCGUUUCUGCGGUGUAUAUGUCCACCCAGGUCUCGGCAGCAUUCUGCCAAUAGACGCCGGCAGUGCGCUGAGGGCUGAAAUAUACCAUAAACAAGAUUCGUAAUAAGUAUAUAGCUAAAUUCAAAAUUGAAUAGCUAUGAUAUUAAGAACUCAAUAAGAGUUUUAGAUCCUCCGAAUGAUCAAGAUAAAGCACAACAAAAACAAUAGCAACAUCUAUUUUGUCUAUGUAGACACUAAGUGGAAAAAACAAUUGAGAAAACUAAAGUCGUCUCGGCUGUUGACCCUGAUCAAUAAAACAUUUCCUUUAUAGGGUCGGAGAUACAUCCUUCUGCUUGUUAUAUAAAAUUCUUGGUGUCACAAAGUAGUAAUACCCUUUUAUCUUACGGUUCGCGGGUUUAACAAAAAUAUAGACGAUACGUACAUAGGACUCGCAUACUUUUCUAUAUAUUGGUGAAAGUAUUUCUGCGUGUUAUACGUUAAUUAACUCAUUUCCAUAUUUUAUCAUUUGAGGGGAAUGGCUACCGAGCUAAUAACAAUUUUUGUGAAGGGAGUAAUUUUGUGUAUUACCUGCUUACAACUAGAAAAAAAAGAGUUCAACUUACCCAUGACCGUAAAGCACAGGUACGGAGCCAUAAAGUGCCAUCUUGCUGUCCACAAUGUACUCAAAGACAUCGAGAUUGUACAGACGAUACGGAUCCGUGCCCGAGGUGGACUUAAGAGCAAAGCUAUCGGCAUGUUCUGGUAUGCCGAAGAGCACUUCAGCAGCGGGGAAUGAGAAAUCAAGAGCAACGGCUUCGGGUCCGUAGGGUUUGCUAUCGUGAUGGGACUUAAAGUUCUCUUCCCACGAGCCAGGUUCAUCCAAUGUCUCCGGGACCUCUACAUUCUGUUGCUGCUCGCCACUAUCUGGCAAAGCUUGUUCCUGUGUCUUCUGCCGCAAGUGCUCAAAGUACAGCCAAUUCUUAGCGUUCACCGAGACAACAUGCACAUCGUUUUCAUAGAAAUCAAUGCGAAACGGAUCACCAUGUAUGACCGCCUUUGAGUGGCCAGACGUUACGGUCAACUCGCCAUCUGAUUCCUGAACACGUAUGGUAACCGUCUUUGGUUGUGCCUUCAGUGCGUGCUCAACACGAUAGCGUGGACGCAAAGGUGUCUUCUCAUCAAUCUGCAGGCGGAAUGUGCUGCCCACUAAGGCCUCUAACUUGAAUGUGAACUGAUGAUGGUUCUCUUUAUUCAACAAAUCAACAGUCACUGAAUCGCUGUACGUGUUCAAUGUGCCCGAUAUAAGAGAAUAUUUGCUGCCCGAACUCUGCACUUUGCGAGAUCGCCUAAUAAAAACGAAAUAGAGAUUGAAAGGAAGCGAAAAGGUACAUCUAUCUAUGAAACAUGUUUAUAUAAAAGUCAUACCUGCAAAAACUGCUCUGCUCGCAGGUCUUGAAAUUUGUUGGAUCAACGCCAGAACCAUAGUUGAUCCAUCCCCCAAUUAGGAAGCAAAAGAACACUGCACACCUCAUAUUUGCCCUUGUCUUUUCUUGGCAAGGUUUCUUUUACUGAUUAUUGUUGAAUCAAAUC